GCUCCAUUUCCAUCUCCACCUCUCUCUCUCUCUCUCUCUCUCUCUCUCUCUCUUGUGUAGCCAUGGAUGAAGAGUACGACGUCAUCGUCCUCGGCACGGGCCUCAAGGAGUGUAUCCUCAGCGGCCUCCUCUCCGUCGAUGGCCUCAAGGUCCUUCACAUGGAUAGGAAUGAUUACUACGGCGGGGAGUCCACAUCGCUUAAUCUCGUUCAGCUCUGGAAGCGCUUCAAGGGGGGCGAUAAUGCCCCGGAGAGCUUGGGCCCGAGCAAAGAGUACAAUGUGGAUAUGAUACCUAAGUUCAUGAUGGCCAACGGGGCGCUAGUCCGUGUGUUGAUCCACACUAAUGUUACCCAGUAUUUGAAUUUCAAAGCCGUCGAUGGUAGCUUUGUCUACAACAAAGGGAAGAUAUACAAAGUACCGGCAACUGAUGUAGAAGCACUGAAAUCGACUUUGAUGGGGCUUUUCGAGAAGCGGCGUGCGAGGAAGUUUUUCAUUUAUGUGCAAGAUUAUGAAGAAAACGACCCCAAAUCCCAUGAAGGGCUUGAUCUUAACAAAGUCACAGCAAGAGAAGUCAUCUCGAAAUAUGGGUUGGAUGAUAAUACUGUCGAUUUUAUUGGCCAUGCUCUUGCACUUCAUCGGGAUGACAGCUAUCUUGAUAAGCCGGCAAUUGACACUGUAAAGCGCAUGAAACUUUACGCAGAAUCUUUGGCACGCUUUCAAGGAGGGUCUCCUUAUAUCUAUCCUUUAUACGGGCUAGCUGAACUCCCUCAGGGUUUUGCUCGUCUAAGUGCUGUUUAUGGUGGAACCUACAUGCUUAACAAGCCAGAGUGCAAGGUCGAGUUCGAUGGAAGUGGACAGGCAUACGGUGUCACAUCUGAAGGGGAGACAGCUAAAUGCAAGAAAAUAGUUUGCGAUCCUUCGUACUUGCCUGACAAGGUGAAGAAGGUAGGAAGAGUAGCACGAGCCAUAUGCAUAAUGAGCCACCCAAUCCCUGAUACUCAUGAUUCACAUUCAGUGCAGAUUAUUCUGCCACAGAAACAGCUUGGACGCAAAUCCGACAUGUAUGUGUUUUGCUGCUCUUAUGCUCAUAAUGUUGCUCCGAAAGGGAAAUACAUUGCUUUUGUAUCGACUGAAGCAGAGACCGACAAGCCUGAAGUAGAGUUGAAGCCCGGGAUUGAUCUUCUUGGACCUGUCGAGGAGACUUUCUUUGACAUUUACGACAGAUAUGAACCUAUCAACAAUCCUAGUGAUGACAAUUGCUACAUAUCCACCAGCUAUGAUGCAACUACACAUUUUGAGUCAACAGUUGCUGAUGUGCUUGCCAUGUACAGUAAGAUAACUGGGAAGGAGCUUAAUUUGUCAGUGGAUCUGAGCGCUGCGAGUGCUGCCUCCGAAGAAUGACAUGCUUGGACGACUACUCAUUAUCUAGAAUGUUCUUCUUUUUUAGGUUGUCUACAUGAACCAUUUCUCUUUAAUCUCAUUCAAGCUACUCAUUUUUUUUUCCCAGAGACAGAGCUCUAAAAUUUGAUAGCCAUGUCAGAUAAUAUGAUUAUAUUUGAUGCUUGUUUGAAUUUAUGCCAA